AUGGGAGCUGGGAUGAAGCAUGCGAGGGAGGAGGAGCCAACCGUGUCGCUAGCGCUGUCCCUCAGCACAGACUCGGCGUCUUCCGACUCGGGCGGCGGUGCGCUGGCCAAGCGCAGGAAGGGCGCCGUGGUGGCGACGUCGGGAGAGGGGGAGUUCGUGUGCAAGACAUGCGGCCGGGCCUUCGCAUCGUUCCACGCGCUGGGCGGGCACCGGACCAGCCAUCUCCGCGGCGGCCACGGGCUGGAGCUCGGCGUCGGCGUCGCCAGGGCAAUCAAGGAACGGAAGAAGCAGCGGCACGAAUGCCACAUCUGCGGGCUCGGGUUUGAGAUGGGCCAGGCGCUGGGGGGACACAUGAGGCGGCACCGCGAGGAGAUGGCACUUAGCGGCGCAAACGACCGGAGGGUUGCGGUGCUGCCGGAUCAGGAGGCGGGGCACCAGACCUCGGCCGCCGACGACCAGCCGCCGGUCUUGCUCGAGCUGUUUGUCUAG